CGCCUGCGCAGAUGGCCAGGGAAGAUGCCGUUUGACCCAGCUUAGUAGCCGUAGUCGGCCGAGCGCCGGCGGCGGAGGAUUGUGGGAGAAGAUGGCGGCCGCCGUUCGCCCCGGAGUUGUCCGAGCCCUGCCAAUGUCACGUUCUUCUAUUACUGCAAUAGCCACAUCUGUGUUUCACGGCCCACCCCAGCGCCAGCUCCAUCACGCAGUCGUACCUCAUGGGAAGGGUGGGCGUUCCUCAGUGAGUGGGAUUGUGGCCACUGUGUUUGGAGCAACGGGAUUCCUGGGCCGCUAUGUUGUCAACCACCUUGGUCGCAUGGGGUCACAAGUGAUCAUCCCCUACCGGUGUGAGCCGUAUGAUACCAUGCACCUUCGUCCCAUGGGUGACCUGGGCCAGAUUAUCUUUCUGGAAUGGAAUGGGAGAGACAAGGAUUCGAUCCGAAGAGCUGUGGAGCACAGCCACGUGGUCAUCAAUCUCGUUGGGCGAGAAUGGGAAACCAGAAACUUUGGUUUUGAGGAUGUGUUUGUAAAGAUUCCCCAAACAAUUGCUCAAGUGUCCAGGGAAGUUGGAGUUGAUAAAUUUAUUCACGUUUCACAUCUGAAUGCCGAUAUUAAAAGCUCCUCUAAAUAUCUGAGAAAUAAGGCUGUUGGAGAGAAAGAAGUGAGAGACACAUUUCCAGAAGCCAUCAUCAUAAAGCCAUCGGACAUCUUUGGAAGAGAGGAUAGAUUCCUCAAUUAUUUUGCAAAUAUUCGCUGGUUUGGUGGUGUCCCUCUGAUUUCCUUGGGCAAGAAGACAGUGAAACAACCAGUAUAUAUUGUGGAUGUCGCCAAAGGAAUUGUUAACGCAAUUAAGGAUCCAGAUACCAGAGGGAAAACUUUUGCCUUUGUUGGGCCCAAUCGGUACGUCCUCUUUGACCUGGUGCAGUACAUCUAUGAUGUGGCUCACAGACCCUUCCUGCCAUACCCUUUGCCGCAUUUUGCAUAUCGAUGGGUAGGUCGACUGUUUGAAGUGAGUCCAUUUGAGCCCUGGACCUCGAGGGAUAAAGUGGAGCGGGUUCACAUCACAGACAUGACCCUGCCUCACCUGCCUGGCUUAGAAGACCUGGGCAUUCAGGCCACGCCCCUGGAGCUCAAGGCCAUCGAGGUGCUGCGGCGUCACCGCACAUACCGCUGGCUGUCUUCUGAGAUUGAAGAUGUGAAACCGGCCAAGACAGUCACUGUUUAGUGGCCCCUAAGCUGCCCUUGGUUUUUGGUGUCAUUUGGGUCACUAGUGACCAGGCCACCUUAGGCAGAGAAUCCUGUACAUAGUGAAUAAGAGCCCCUAUUAAAACAUCUGAGAUGAAA